AUGCCCCGAAAGACCAUCAUCUUCGUGCGCCAUGGCGAAUCGGAGUACAACAAGGCCAUGCGCGAGACUGGGGAGGAUCCCCUGCUCCGUGACGCGAAACUGACUGAACGUGGCCGAGCGCAGGCAGCCGGUGCACGGCCGCAGUUGCAAGAGCUCUUCGAGGAAAUCGGAUCCUCGGCUGGUUGGCUGCUUCUGAGUUCACCACUUCGCCGCGCUCUGGAUACAGCCGCAGGGAUUUGGCCGGAAGCAUUCCAAGCCGCGGAGGGCACCCGUUUCGAGAUUUGGCCCGAGCUUCGCGAAGUGGUGACGGGCUGCGAUGAUCUGGGCUCUACGCCGAAGCAGCUCCAAUUCGCCUUCCCCCACCUGCACGCCCAGCUUGGCUCUUUGCCCGAGGUGUGGUGGACGAUCCCGCCUGCUUACCAGGAUGUGCCUCUGGACGGAGAUGACCUGCGGAAUGCGUACCAGAAGGACCCUGAUGCGUUUGAGGCUGCGGACGAAGCUAUCUUUGCUGGCCGUGUCGCACAGCUACUUGAAAAGCUAGCAUCUGUGAAGGAGGAUCGGAUCGUCGUGGUAGCGCACUGUGAUUUGAUCGGGGAGCUGACGGAGCAAAUGGGUUUGACAGAGAAGAAGAAAUCGGGAAAGCUGCGAAAAGGAUGGUGGCUCAGCAACUGUGAGUGUCGCCUCCUUCGUGACUUCGAGUUCAAGGCGCCUGAGCCCAAGCCCGCAGCUGCACGGACCAGCCUGGCAGAGCCUCGGAGGACUGGCAACGGCCGGCCUGGCCCAGAUGUGCCUCAAAAGGCUACGCGGAAGACGGAGGUAUCUGAGAGGUCCGCGGAUGAGGCUGCUAUGCAUGCGGCAGCUGAGGCAGCGGCCGAGCGAGCUUUGGAACAUGAUCGCAGCACGCACGGCAAAGACUGGUGGAAGAAGCUCCAGGCGCUGCAUGGUCAGGUGUUCGAUGCCCUGGAAAGAGCUGAACGGGAGUUGAAGACUGCCACCGAGUCGCUCAGUGUGGUGGGACACCAGUUGGAUACGCUGCGGGCUGUCGUCCAGGAGUCCUGCCUCUCUGCGACAGCGCUUGAGCAGCGGCAGCCAGAGAUGACAAGGGCGAGCUCGACGACCUCCAGGGACUCGUCACCCGUCCGACUCACGCUCUCUGUGGCGGAUCCGCCGGGGCUGCUGCUGCACCAGCACAACCUCCAAAAGCGGAAGAACAAGCAGGCAGCCCAACCACGGUUCCGGCGAGUGAGCAACGUCCAUGCUGCUGCAGCAACGGGGGACCUUCGCCUGCACGGCAGGUGGAUGGAACUGUCAACGGAAGCAUCCCAGGGUGAAGCUGGAAGAGAAAGACCCAACAAGGCAAGAACUGCCUUUCGGUCGCGGACAGCCACGAUGGAUGACUUGGCAUCUGCAAAUUCGACUGGCAAAUUGCCAAUUCUACACCCGCAAGGUCUCUUCAAACUUUGCUGGGAUCUGCUGGCCCUGACGCUUCUCCUGAACGACUGCAUUCUGCUCCCGAUAUCCCUUGCAUGGGAUUUUUCAAUGGUGGACGACGGCAUCGGCGGCACGAUUACUGCGGUCAGUUUCUACACGAGCUUGGUUUUCUGGACUGCGGAUCUGCCCGUCAACCUGAACACAGCCAUUUACAUACGAGGACGCUUGGUCAUGCAUCGUCGAAGCAUUCUAUGGCACUACUCACGGAGCUGGAUGAUGUUUGAUAUGUUCGUACUCUCCUUGGAUUACGGCUACCUCCUCCUAAGCACAGAUGUGCUGUUGCUGCGGUUUGUUCGGAUCUUGCGCGUCAUCCGCCUCGUACGGAUCGUCAAACUGUCCAAGCUGAACACCAUUAUCGAAGAAAGCGCGGCCUCAGCCGGCCGGCAGUGGGUGACGUUAGUGGUUGCCAUUACGAAGACGGCGAUUAUGAUGUUGACGACCGCACAUUUCUUGACAUGCGCCUGGUUCUACAUUGGGCUGAACUUGGGCCCGGAGUUGCCAAGUUUGAGCUGGGUUGAGAUCGCACAGAUAGCAGAGAGACCGGAAACCAGGGGCCUCAAUGCUUCGAGCACGGAUGACGAUCUGAGCAGCGGCUGGUCAGGCCAAGUAGCCCACUUAGUGCCUGGAUUCAUUCAAUACAUGCAUUCGCUGCGCUGGAUUAUGAAUUCGCCGUCUCCUCCAGAAAUGGCUGCUGGAAGCGGGGUUGAGUGGGGAUUCGACAUCUUGAUUUCGGUGACGACGCUAGUCGUGAUUGGUUCCGCGAUUUCCAAGAUCUCGGGGACCACGGCAGAGCUUCGGGCGAUGAACGAGGAAAGUGACCGACGCAGGCGCGACGUACGGCUUUAUUUAGCCGGACAGUCUGUGUCGUACGAGCUCGUCACCCGAAUCAUGCGGUUCGUAGACUACAAGCUGGAGAAGUUUUCCACCAACACCUUGGAUGCUUCCCUUAUCUCGCCGACUCUACAGCUGGAGCUCUAUGUCAGCCAGCGGGCGAACUACGUGAGCAGAAUCCCGAUCUUCGCUCUGCUCCAGGAGUGCUACCCAGACGUGUUCGGAUCGGUUUGUGCGGCUUUGAAGAAGAACUUCUUCGAGAAGGGCGAGCCGGUCUUCCAAGCCGGAUCUUACGCCACAAGCUUGCAGUUGACCAGCACAGGCACCUACAGCUACCAAGAGCAGAGCAGUAUUCACUCUGCCACCGGGCAGCAAGUCAGGGUACAGUAG